AUGGCAUCAUCCACCCGGAAGCGAAAGAAACCAAACUCAUCACACCCAUCAAGCCCCUCACCCUCUCGCAGCCAAUCACAACAGCGUAAUACUACUUCUACCCAGGAAAAUCAAUCUGAUCAAACCAAAGGUGAAGACAAUGAUCAGCCGACAUCUACAGCACCAAUUGAAACAACUGACGAGGAGGACCUGGUUGGUUAUCUGAAUCCCAGCCUUGUGUGGCAAUGUCACAAACAACAUGGGAUUGAGAGGAAACACUACUUGGACGAGUCAGACAUUGCAUUGGCACGAGAUUUGGCCAACCUUCUCAACGUAUUCUGCAAGAUCACUCUUCAGUUAUUGAUAUCGGGCUCGGCUCGCCUAGCUAAGAUUGUUGUCUUCAUUGAUCAAAUCACUGAGAAUUUGUCAACAGUAAUCAGUGGCUCCAAGUACCCACCAGCUCUGAAAAAUGCCUGUCGGAUAGGUUUAAAGAUAACCAAUAAGGAUGAAUAUUUCAAGCUAGCCCAAUGGGAACCAGAGUGGAUUUCCGAGGCUAUAAGGCUUACUUGGGAGAUGUGGUUGACAUUUUUUAAGCCUCAAGCAUCAGCUCCGAUGAACUCAUCAUUAGCUACUACAAGCUCUAAGGCCAAGACUAGCAUGCUAGCUGGCCUUAGCAGCGCAGCUGCUGCCCGAGGUGGUCAUUGCUCCUCAGACCCUUUGGAGGUGUGGCUGGCGGGGGGACUCAUCUUGGACAACAACGAACCGAUCAAUCCGUUAAAAUGGUGGAUCCAACAAAAGCGAGCUGGAAACACCCACGGUGUCAGCCUUAGAGCCAGCCAAGCUGGCCAAAAGACUGCCUAA